GGUUGGCUCACGUGUAUCAAACAAAACACCGACAUGUCUGCAGUUUAACGGGCUCGGUCAGCAUCAGUGAAGCUCGGGCCCUGUUCCCCCCCCCCCCCGACAUUAAUCGUUUCCCCCGCGAACAUCUACGACAGCUCAAGUGAACACAUCAUCUUGUGAGACAUGGCGGAGGGAGGCUUUGACCCUUGUGAGUGCGUCUGCACCCAUGAGUAUGCAAUGAGGCGCCUCAUCAACCUGCUCAGGCAAUCUCAGUCCUACUGCACAGACACGGAGUGCCCACUGGAAUUGCCAGGUCCAGGUGGGUCAGUCGGAGGAGGAGGAGGAGGUGACCUGACCUUCCCCUUGGUUGUGAUGGGAUGGAUGGUGCUGGCCCUGCUCCUGUUCCUGCUGCGACCAUCCAGUCUCAGGGGUCCCCGUCCCACAGGCAAACCCACCGGACCGCACAAUAGAGGUGGGAGAGAGCCCCCAGCACCACCUGUUGACUAGCAGUGGAGCCAAAGAACCAUCACUCAUCCACCUGCUCUCACCGGAGCUGCACAGUAUCAAAGCUCUAGUUGCUGUGACCAGGACAGCGUUCCUCUCAACCUUCAUACAAAUAUCUUUUUCUUUUUUCCUGUUCUGAUACCGUUCUGUUUUCGGGGUCGAUCUGUCUAUGAUACCUGUUAUUGGAACCCAACUGAUACUGGAUAAAAUUUUUAGGCCAGUACAUAAAAUAACCUGAUGAUAUACUGUAUGUGAUGAUGCAUUAAGUAUUCUUCAGCUUUGAUUAUUACUGGUGAAAGACAUGAUCAGUAAAUGUCAGGGUGAAAUUAUUUACUAUACAUAAAAACACAACUACAUCAAAAACAUAAAACCUGAAUUAAGAGAGAUAAUCACUAAAAUUGUUUUGCAUAUAAACCAACAAUGAUACAAUAUUUCAGUCAUAAGGUGACCUCAAAUAAUAAUAAUAUUGGCCAACAAUAUCGGCCUGUUGAUAUAUCAGUUGGGCUCUAUGCGUGACUUCUCCAAGACUUUGGUCAGAGGGUGGGGCAGUGAGUCAGUCUCUGAUCGUAGCUCUGGUGCUGACUGUUCUGCAGAAACUCAGACAUGAAGUCAAAAUUAAGGAAUGUGUCACAUGGGUUAGAGGAGAGGGAAGGGGGCAGCCAAGAAUCCCCUUUUGGGCAGAUCAAAUUGUUGUUGCAGUGCCUGCUGAAUAAUGAAAGGUGGCGGGUUCAUCAGAUUCUCUGAAACAUUCCACUCUUUCCAACUUAAAAGUCACAAACAGUGCCAGUAAUUAUGUCGUUUCACACCAUACGUUUUAAUUUCAUAUUUAAACCAGCAGAAUGAUGAAAUGUAAUACAUGUAUACAGUUAGAUUUAAAUGCUAAAUUGAGUCCAUUUUGAUUGAAGAAUGGAUUUUAACUAAAGGAAAUGAAUCUGUGUUUACGUAAAGGCCUCGAUUUAAAUAGCAUAUUCACCCCGGCCAGUCACUUUAAGUAUCAGUUGAUUUGAUAAUUGUAACUAAGUGUUUAGGAUGAAAACACAUUUGCAAUAAGUUAUGAGUUAUUCAAUAUAACCAUGACAACAUAUCAGAUGCACAAAGCAGAAGUAAUAAUUCUUACAGUCAAAUGACUUGUCUUAAUAAACCAGUUUAGGGGUUUGCUUUGACUGUUAAAGGUUCACAUUUCAGACUCAGUUUACUAAGCUGAAAUGAAAUGCAUUGCAGUCUUACAGACAGGGUAUAAUCAGUGUUGGAAAAAAUAUACUCAGCACAAACAAAUUAUCACAUUAAUUAUUUACAUUAUAAUGAUUACAUGUGAUGUAAUUGUUUUGUGGUUAAACAAAAGAAGCGAUCAAUGUAUAUUGAAACUGAUGUAGUAGCCAGAAAUUAUAUUUUAUUAGCACCUUUCUUGUGGUAUAUAAUUACUUUUGAAGGUAUGUUGUACUUAUUUUGCCCUUGUUGCGGCGAGGGACUUUUUCUUUUUCUAUAAAGACUCACAGCAGUCUGUGAUUAAUUGGAGCAAUCCAAAGUUUCUACUUCACUUAACUUCUUUAUCAUGUGUCAAAUGAAAAUGAAAUUAGCUAAAAAAAAACAAUAACUAAAAAGGAGCAGUUGAGAUGUUUCAGUGCCAAUGUGAAUUCUUAGUUCUGGUCUCAAAGUUCAUUAAGAAAUCAAUUUUUUUGAGACAGAACAGCAAUAUUGAGGUCAUUUUUAUUUGAAAUCGGUGAUGGGAAAACUCUACGUUUCUUUUCAUUGGCAUGGUUCACACUACAGGGUUAUUUUCUUACAGAUUUAGAUUAAAGUUCCAAAUACAGUUCGUGACCAGAAAAAAUAGAAACCCCUUCAUCGUGACAGACCAAUGCAGUGGUGAAUGUUGUUUUGUACCAUCCUUAACCAUGUGUGUAAAUGUGAGUGGAUAUUUAAAACUCAAACCACAGCCUCAAAGUUAUGGAGUGGAAUUAACAAUCAAUACAAAAUGGAAAAUCAUAAGUGGCAUUUCUAUACAUCCAUUAUUGGCAAUUAGAAUUUCGGAUUUGAAAUUACUAACUAAAUUUUUUGAACAUUUUCACUUUCUGGCCCUGUCAUGAUGGAAACAUGUUUAUUUAAAGUGUAUCAGGGCCUUGGGAUAUGUUCUAAACUACCUGUGCUAUCAGAAAUGAGACAGGUUUGUCUAAACAUGGAAGGUUAUUUCUUAAACUCAUGGUCUAAUAGGUCAAAACCCGGAUGUGAUCUGUAACAACUGUGGGCAAGCUGUCAGUUCAUCUCAACAGUCUUCAGUAACUGGGUACCAUUCAUACCUACAUGUGUGAAUGUACAAUAAAAUGUACUACAGGCUGGGAGGCGCUACAAGGAGGGAAAACAUUGGGUUAAACAUAAUUAGUCGUAUAUAAUGAGAGGUGGAAGCCAUACUAGAUUGUUGAGAUGAAAGAAUAUGUGAUGCCACAGUAGACCUCAACUUACACUGUUACUGUCUGAGAAAAAGGGCUUCAACUAUGCACUUUUCCUAUAACAAAACAAAAAAUAAAAAGAUUGAAUCGUG